AUGUUGCGACCCGUGUUGACUAUAUUUUUGCUGUUUCUCCGAAAUGACGCACUCGAGAACGGAUUGGCUAGGACCCCUCCGAUGGGCUGGAUGUCGUGGGCGGCAUUUUUCUGCGAGGUCGACUGCCAGAAACAUCCACAUGACUGCAUUAAUGAGAGGCUCUACGUGACGCAAGCCGAUCAGAUAGUUAGUGACGGCUUCCGCGAGGCGGGCUACACGUCAAUCCAUAUUGACGAUUGCUGGAUGGAGAUGCAGCGGACGGCGCUAGAUCGUCUGGCCGCCAACAGGUCUCGAUUUCCCAGCGGAAUCAAGAAUUUGGCGAAAAUGAUGCACCAGCGUGGCCUGCAGCUAGGUAUUUAUGAGGAUUACGGUACCUUGACGUGCGCCGGGUACCCGGGCAGUAAGGGAUACGUCGAGCUGAUUUUCGCCUCGACCGGGACAUUUUCCGAUUGGGAUGUGGACUACUUGAAAUUUGACGGGUGUUACUGUAAUAUCUCCGAGGUGGCGGCCGGUUUUAAAUCGAUGCGAUACGCGCUCGAAAAGGUGCAGAAGAAGAUGAUCUACUCGUGUGAAUGGCCGCUCUACCUCAAGCAGGCACCCGAAAUGAUUCACUACGAUGAGAUCGCUGAGAACUGUAAUUUGCCGAAAAUCAGGAGGGAAAUUGCAAAGGUGCAAAAGCCGGGCGCGUGGAAUGAUCCGGAUAUGCUCGUGAUCGGCAACGGCAAUUUGACGGUGGAGCAAUGUCGAUCCCAGAUGAGCAUCUGGUGUAUUUGGAGUGCCCCGUUAAUUAUGUCGACAGAUCUACGAAUCCUGAAACCGGAAUACCGCGAAAUACUUUUGAAUAAGAAGGCGAUCGCCGUCGAUCAGGAUCCGAUGGGAAAAUUCGGAAAGAGGGUCUAUAAGGAAGGCGAUUUGAACAUCUUCUCGAAACCCAUCCAGCCGAUUGAGGGCGAGAAGACAUCAUUGGCACUCGCGUUACUAAAUCGGAAUCCCGAUUCCCCGAUUGACCACACGUUCACUCUAUCUUCAUUGGGCCUGCACGAGCCGGUGAAGCUCUAUCGAAAUUCUUGGAGCAACACCGAGUUCGGCAAGGUCAACCCGGACGCGUCGAUUAAGGUGACAAUCCACCCGGGCGACACCCUCUUCUUCACUGCAAAAUUACUAUCGGGUCAA